AUGCCGCACUGGCCUGUCUCCUACUUGACUCAUCAACAAUCAGACUUGUGUGAGCUUGGGUCGCGAGACCUAACACGGUGCCCUCCUUCCUGUUCACACCGACAAAUCAUCGACGAAAAGAUCCCGUUAGAUCCUGAAGAAGUUCGCGGGAUCCCAUCUCCAGAACCAGGGUUGACUCAGAGUGACUCUCAGAUAACCACCUUGAUCAGAGGAGCAACACCAACCCCUGGCCUACAAAUCCGCAUCCUCGAUCCGAAGAAGAACAAAUGGGGAUAUACUCCUCGCACCAGAAAGAGCGACUGCGAUGCCUGUGGCAGCGGUCAAGGUUCACAUGGAUUCGCAUGCUCGGCCUUGGGACAGCGAGCCGUCGACCAAGCUUUCCAGCGCGUUCUGACGACAGUCCAACACUUUCUGACUUAUAUGCUCAUCGACGAUGCCUUGCGAGCCCUCAAAAAGAUGGAACCCAUCCAGAACAGGUUCUUAUCACCGGAUAUAAAAGCUGAGGUGCCUUCCAUUAUGUUGGCGAUGGGUCUUGAUUGGGACACUACAUGCGCUCAUCCUUUCCUGAAACGCUUGCUCAAUCUUUAUGGACUGGAAGAAGGGGUUGUAUGCGUCAAGGGGUCAGAGUCUACCGACGGUGGAGUUGACAUGAUUCUCUGUCUGAAAGAGAGCUUUUGGCGUGCGCACCAAACGAAUUGCGAUGCGUUCAACUCCAUUCCCAUAUGUCCAAUCGUGGUCCAGAAAAGCUCUCGCGAUGACUCGAUGGAGCGUCUCAAGAAGUGGUGCUUGGAGUACUUUGAUUAUCUCGAGCGAAUCCAAAUCCCGCACCCGUAUGAUGAAAAUCGAUGGCCACUUCCGUACUUUGUGGUGGAUGGAGAUUGGUGGAAAGUUGGGUUUGCUAUCAGAGUCGGAAGCACUGUCGAGCUGUAUGACGAAUCAAUCAGCUCCAUGGGAUGGGUGAACGGUGUUCGGAAAGUAAUGAUCGUCCUCCAAUAUGUCAUCAAGUCGACAGCCGAACGACAUCGCGAGUGGUAUCUCGAACACGGCGAAUAA